AUGCAUCCAAAUUUAGCGUAUCAUAAACACCCAAAAUGUCUUGAUGUUAUUCUUCGAUUGGAAGAAUGUCAUAAAUCAGGAUUUUUUAAUAAAUAUUUUGGGGGUUGUAAUGGAAUUAAGAAAGAGUUAAAUGAAUGUUUGACAUUGGAGUAUAAGGAAAUAAGAAAAAAAAAUGCAGAUAAAGCCAAAGAAAACAGGAAAAAAGUUGAAGAAUUAUGGAAAGAAUUCAAUCUUUAA